AAGACGACGUCGACGUCGGUACGUCUGUUAACUGACGUCAGCACGCAGUGUUGCUGUACCUCCACUCUGCUAGUCAGUUAGCAUGAGAAUCUCUGAGGCGUCGGUGUAACAGAUUACAGUUUAGGUUCUCAGUAGAUUCACACUGAAACCUUCACAUCUCCGCCGGCACCAUGAGCACGUUGUGGAUGGGGAACCUGGACUCCUACAUGGAUGAGAAGUUUAUCAUCAGAUCCUUUUCCACCAUGGGGGAGCAGGUGGUCAACGUGAGGAUCUUGCGAAACAAGAUGACGGGUGUGUUGUCGUCCAGCGGCGCCCUGGGGUACUGUUUUGUGGAGAUGACAGAUGAGGCCACAGCUGAGAGGUGUCUCCGCAAAAUCAAUGGGAAAGCUUUACCAGGAGCCAAUCCGCCCACAAGAUUCAAGUUAAACCGAGCCAACUUUGGGAAACAAGAGAGUGGUCAGAUGUAUUCUCUGUUUGUUGGAGAUCUCACUCCAGAGGUGGAUGAUGGGAUGCUUUAUGAGUUCUUUUACAACCGCUACCCCACCUGCCGGGGUGGAAAAGUGGUGCUGGACAGCAUGGGCAACUCCAAGGGCUGCGGCUUUGUUCAGUUCCCAGAUGAGCGGCUGCAGAAGCGGGCAUUAGAUGAGUGUCAGGGGGCUGUGGGACUGGGGAGUAAACCUCUUAGACUCAGCCUGGCUGCCAACAAUUUAAGGAACCGGCAGCCGCACCAGCAGCAGCAGCAGCACUCCGAAAAAUCAUGGCAGUCAAGCUCAAGUUACAGACACAGCUAUGACCAGUACAACCAGUACCAGCAGCAGGCAUAUCCUGGGUAUUACCCUUCCUGGGGCUAUGACCAGUCUGGUGGAGGAGGGUAUGGCUACAACUAUCAGCAGUAUGAUUACACACAGUAUCCCCCACCACAGGAGAGUGAAGCUGUUCAGGAUGAUGGACUUGAAGAUCCCAGUCCACAGCUGGAUGUGGUGGAGGCCAACAGGAAGUUCAUGGAGCACAGUGAGGAGCUGUACGACGCUCUGAUCGAGAGUCACUGGCAGUCAGCUGACCUCUCAGUGGAGCAGGAACACGUGACGUCCAGCUUACCAGAGCCCAUCUACUGCUGAAGCUCUCUGGACCCUCCUAGGGUUUUUUUUAAAUUUGCUGCUGACAUUUUGACAGUAUGGAUUAUUUUCUUAAGGAAACAAAUAAAAUUUGUCUUUGUUAUAAAUCUUAUUAAGGGUAUAAACCAAUGGAAAUGCACUGUGUAAAAACACAUUCCUGAGUUACAACAAAUACAUAUUUUGGAUUAAUUUAUGCAUUUACUAAAUACACUGAAUUAAAAGGACAUGUUAAAGUGAUAAAUGCAAAAUAUUUUAUAAUUACCAACAUGUAAUAUCAAAUUAAACAUCUUAAAAACUUAAAGAAGGAAAUUCCUCUACACAACCUCUUGACCCCAUGUAGGUGAGUCCGUGUUAAACAGUAGUAAUAGAAUUGUUAUGAUCCAGAUCUACUGAUAUUAAAGCCCCAUAUGAAUGUGA